CACAGGAAGCUGACAUGUGAAAACGCUUUUGAGAAAGAGAGAGAAAAAGGGUGGUAGAGGAAGGAAAACGGAGCCUUGCUGAGCAGUGCUGAGUGUGCAGCGCACCCACAGAGAGGCCAGGAGUGGGGCCAAAGAGAAGUUGUGUGUCCCCACCUGCUGCUGCCGCCGCUGCUCCUCCUUGACCAUGGAAGAGACAGUGGUGAAGAAAGGCUUGCUCUACCUGCUCCAGCACCAGACCUUUGGGAAGAAAUGGCGGAAGUUCUGGGCUGUCCUGUACAGGGAAAGCGCCUGUGCCCCAGCCCGCCUUGAGCUCCUGGAGUCGGCGGAGAAAGCCAAGAAAGGGGAGAGCAGCAGACGCCUCAUCAAGCUGGAGGACUGUGUGCAGGUGGCUGAGGCAGGCGGAGAGACCGGCAGCCCCAAGGAGACAGUGCCUUUCUUCCUGGAGACCACCGAGAAAUGCUACCUGCUGGCUGCCGAGAGGGCGGAGGCGGAGGCCUGGAUCCUGGAGCUGUGCAAGCAUGCUUUCACCGUGAGGAAAAUGGCACCCAGUAGUACAGACAGUGGUCAUGUCUCAUGCAGAGAGAGGUGUGGAAAGCUGCACCUCCUCAUCCAGUGUAGAAGCACUGAAGACUGGAAAGUGAUGCUGGAGAAGGAGUUCCUGAAGGGCAAGGCCACAUCUCCCCCUGCUUUCUCCAUGGCAGAGAAUUCCCUGUACAGCACCACCUGCAAAGCCGCCGAGAGGCAGUUUCCCGUGGCUGUGAGGGCAACAGAGGCCUCUGAGCGCUGUCAGGUCUGGGGCAUGUUCCUUCUGUGCGCCAACGCGGAUGCCUUGGAGCUGCGUGACAUGCAAGCGGGGGAAGUGAUCUACAGCUGGCCGUACAAGUUCCUGCGGAGAUUCGGUCAUGACAAGGCCAUCUUCUCCUUUGAAGCUGGGCGGAGAUGUGCCUCUGGCGAAGGCAGCUUUGAAUUUGCCACCAAGCAGGGCAGCGAGAUCAUCCAGGUCAUUGAAGGCGCCAUCAACGCUCAGAGGAACUCCACCAGUUCGUCUUCAGGUGCCGCCCUUCUGGCCGGGGCCGCCAGUCCAGCCAAGCCUGACGAAGGUGCCCAGGGGGGGAAAGCCACAGUGGUGAUGGAAGGGCAGUCGUUCCGUGCUGCGGGAACCAAAUCCCUCUCCUUCGAGUCCACCUGGCAAGGAAGGCCAGCGAAGGGCAGGUUAGUCAAGCCCACGGCCAGCUGCCCCCUCUCCAGCACCAACUGCCCCUACAUGGAGGGGUCUGAUGCCCAUCCCAGGCGAGAACCCCAGCAGGAAUCAAUGUCUGAGUAUGCGGAGCCAUUUGAUGCCAUAUCCAAGUCCUUGGGAAGCUCAGGUGGCAGCUGUUUCCCCCUGCCUAGCACCGAGGAGCCACCGGGGGCAGCGGGCUUGCAUGCCAGGACCAGAGGGUUGGGCCUGUCACCUGCCUCUCUGGGGCUGCACCACAUCUAUGAUGACCCAGAGGGUCUGGUCCACCUGGUGUACGAUGAGCCCCAGGAGUUCACAGGGGACGCCUGGAAGGUGCAGGCCACUCCUGAGGACCCUGUCGGCCACGAAUACCCCUACAACCCAAGCUUGGACGACUACUCCGUGCCUAAGAUGGCGGCAGCGUAUGCCCCUGUGCAAGAUCAAAACGGGCUUGGAGAAAGUGCAUAUGAUCAGGUGAUCUUGAGCCUCAGGAACAAGAAAAAUGCACAGUGAAAGGAGAGGAUGGAUGGAGUGAAUGAAUGAAUGAAUGAAUGAAUGAAGGAAGGGGUGGAUGGGAAAUGAGAGGAUCGCUUUGUUUAAUUUGUUGUGGGAGAUGAGCCAGGGUGCAACCUCCCUCCCUGCCCUCCUCUCAGAGCUCAAGUAUGUUUAUAGAGGAAGUAUCCUGGCCAUCAUCAUUGCAAGGGGGAGUGGAUCCAAACUGAGCGGGAGAGAGCAGGCUUGGUGCAAUUUUGAAGGCUGUGUGCCAUGUGAUGCAUUAUUAUGCGCCAGUACGGCUUUCCUACAUGAAAUAUGUUAAAGGGUGAAGACUAUAAUAUACAGUAUAGCUGCUCUGCAAACAAGCAUAAGGCUUUUCAUUUUGCAGGCCCUUCCUUGGCUGCACUUGCCUUCCACUUGUGGCUCAGCUGAUCUGAGGUGAAACGUCUUGAGCCACCAAGAGGCCUCGGUCUCUCUUUCAGUCUUCUGAGCUGCUCCCACUCUGAUGGCUUAGCAUGUAGCUCUUUCUCUUUCUCCCCCUUUGGAGUGGUGUUUCUGGGGAUCUCUGUGGGGUUCCUAACUCUUGAAAGAGACUGCUAAAAAGAGCAGAGAAAGCUAAAAAGCAUUAAACACCUACAAAAAGUCUUUUAAGUAAGCAGGUAUGUCUUCACUUGCUGCGGAAAGGACAGCCACGUUGGCAUUCCACAAACAGGGGCUGCCACAAAAAGGCUCCGUCCCGUGUCAACAAUCAUCCUAUAAGAGUGGAAUUCAAAGAAAAGCCCCCUGUGUUGGUUCAAGCCACCUGGAGCUUUAAAGAAGAUAUUGUGACCUUCAAAUAUGGAGAGCAACUAAUGAAGUGAGGGGUGGGAAACUUAUGAUCCAUCGGCCAAGGAACUCAAAUUUGGCACAUGAGGCCAUUUUCUGAAAGCUGUCAGUCAGCUGAUGUCACUUUGAUGGGUCAGGGAUAUCAGCUGAUGAGUGAGGCUCAUUUAUUUGUUGGCUGCACUCAGUGAUUGUCCAUCCAGGGGUUAAAUCCUACUCAGUUUGGGAGGAUUCAAUGUGAACUCCUUCCUGAUCUCAACAAGUUUAAACAGUUGCUAAAACAAAGGCUAAAACAAAGGUUUUAGCAGGGCCUGCGAGGUGCUUUGAAGUUCCGACUUUGGGUCUUCAAAGCACCCAAUCCCCUGAUGUCAUUGUUUAUUUAUUUACGCAUUCACAUUUCACACUUUGGUUAAAAAACAAAAUCAAGGCAAUAUACAUAGAUAUACAAAUAAGCAAAAAGCACCCAUAAAACAUAGUUUAAAACAUCAAUAAAUACUAAAUGAUUAAUGAGAAAAUUAAUAUUUCAAACUCACAACAUCUGCAGUAGAAUAGUUCUUCAAAGCUACAUUUCAAGAGGGGGAUGAUGCCCCAAGGGCACCAGGGAGGGGCUCUGCAUGCACAUCCCAGCCUCUGUAUUAUGCUGGUGACUCCUGACCUAGGUAACAACCACUUUGGAAACUUGAACUCACAUCUGACAAUCUUUGCCACUUCCACUUCCUCUUCCAUAAACAUAACAAUUCAGGAAAUACUUUUCAAUAUUAUUAUUUUAUAUUAUUUUAUGUACAGUCCUCUCAACAGAAGACUUUACAUCCAAAAUAAACCAGAAUACAAGCGAAAAACAUGACUCACAUAUUUUCAUUUGUACCUAAUUCUUCUCAAAUUCCCUGUUUUUCCACUCUUUAAUGUUACUCUUCUUCUUUUAACUCCUUGUUCUUAGCCUCUUAAAUCACCUAUGCACCCUUAACAAUUUUCCACGUAUUGCCCUGUGCCUCCCGACCCCCGACCCCAUUGCUUCCCUUCACCCAUGUGUGAUCUUCUCUACAUAAUAUUGUUUCUCAUUGUGUUAAUUAAAGUUGUAUUUAUUGUUUCGUAUAUAUCAUGAUAUCAUCUUGUAUCCUUGCGCACUUUAGCUAUUGCAUAUUAA